CUUUCUCACUCACCUCUACAGCCGUCUUUUCAACCUACAAAAAAAUGAAUCUUACACUUUAUACAGUUCACGCUAUUUUAAUUUUAGAUUCAUCAGGAGAACGUAUUUUUGCAAAGUACUGUCAACCGCCUCAUAUUGUUUUUCAGGCAGGAACAGCUCGCUCAAAUUUAUAUACAACAGUUAAGAGUCAAAAAGCCUUUGAAAAAGGCCUCUGGGAGAAGACUAAAAAGACAAAUAAUGAGAUUAUUUUAUAUGAAAAUUAUAUGGUGGUUUAUAAAACAUCGAUCGAUAUUACUAUGUAUAUUGUAGGUGGACAGGAUGAAAAUGAAUUGAUGCUAUGUGAGGUCUUAACGACGCUUAAGGAGGCAUUAGAGAUUCUUUUAAAAAUGUUGAUUGAUAAGCAUGCAUUGUUAGAAAAUUAUGAUUUGCUUUCGCUUGUAGUUAAUGAAAUAUGUGAUGAUGGGAUUAUUGUAGAGACAGAACCAACAGUAAUUGCUUCGAGAAUUGCACGUCCUUCAUUUUCAGAUGUAAUUUCUCAUGUUGAUUUAAGUGAAAAAGGGUUAAUGAACGCUUAUCAAAUAGCUAAAGAGAAGCUAACAGAACGUAUUUUGAAAGGAAAUAUGUAAAGAUGAAUUUGUUCUUGGUAAAAAAUAUAAUUUAUAUGAAUUAUAU